AUGCCGCCGACGCAGCAGGAGGCGGAGGCGGCGAUCCGCACACUCAUCGAGUACAUGGGCGACGACCCGAACCGCGAGGGGCUCAAGUCGAGCCCUCGCCGCUCGGCGAAAGCACUGCGCUUUCUGACUGCUGGGUACGGGGUCGAUGUGGAGGUGCACACGCUACAAAAGGGUGGUGCGGCUGCCGUGAGCGGCAUCGAGAUCUACUCCCUCUGCGAGCACCACCUCCUGCCCUUCUUCGGCACGAGGGUGGAGCUAUCGCAGCCUCCCUCGCGCGUGGUCGGCCUCUCGAAGCUCGCUCGCGUCGCAAACGCCUUUGCGCGCCGGCUCCAGAUCCAAGCGCGCACCGGCGCCUCGCAGUGCCCCUCCCUCGCCCGGCAGGUGCUGCAGCCUCGCGGGAUCCGGGUGGUGCUCGAGUGCACGCACAUGUGCAUGUCGAUGCGCGGCGUCCAGCAGCCCAGGGCCGUCACCGCCACGUGA